AUGGGUCUUCUUACAUUUUAUUCUACGGCCUUGUUCUUGUUCGGUGUGGUAUCUGCACAAGGCUACUCAAGUAACUUAUGUGAAGACCUAGCCUUGGUACUCCCAAACAACACCUUCUUCCCCGCAGCCCCAACCUACAACGCAUCCAUCCAAUCCUAUCCGUUCCUUCAACUUCGACUGCACCCAUCGUGUAUCGUCCGCCCGAGCUCCGCAAAGGAUGUAUCAAAUGCCAUUAUCGUUCUAGGGCAGAGUAACAGCACCAAGUUCGCGAUCAAAAGUGGUGGUCAUAAUGCCAAUGCCGGCUUUAAUAACAUCGAUGACGGCGUCACAAUCGAUAUGCAAAGCAUGAAGAAGGUCGAAGUAGCGAGAGGAGAUCAUGUUGUGAGGGUCGGCGCCGGCGCGCUGUGGCAAGACGUGUACGACGAGACUGAAAAGCGUAAUUUAACGGCGCUCGGCGGCCGCAUCGGGGUCGUAGGAACUGCUGGCUUCUUGACUGGAGGUGGAAUAUCCUUCUUUAGUCCAGAGCGUGGAUGGGCGUGUGACGGCGUCAUCAACUUCGAAGUCGUACUCGCAAGCGGGAAGAUCAUUAACGCAAAUGCGACAUCGAAUUCCGAUCUCUUCGCAGCGCUCAAAGGAGGGCAAAACAACUUUGGUGUUGUGACACGCUUUGACUUGAAAGCCUUCUCUGCCGGUCCCAUCUAUGGUGGAAGAAUCGUUUUCGGAGCCAAUGCUACCACGCCUCUACUUUCGGCAUAUACAGAGCUCAAACUAGGAGCAUAUGAUCCGUAUGUAGCGGGCUGGGUCACAGUGCGAUACAACCACACUGCAGCGACGUUCAAUCCAGUCAGCAUCAUGUGGUACACACGGCCAGCUCAGAAGUUGGGAGCGUUGAGGACUAUCACCGAAGUGAAGCCGCAGGUUAUGAACGGUAUGAUAGAAGCGCCUAUAAGUGAACAUACCAGAAAUGCAUCUAGACAAGUGGCCGCGAUUCCUCAACGGACUAUUUGGGCGACAACAUCAUUUUCGAUCUCGCCGACCAUUAUACAUCGCAUCCACAACCUUUGGAGAGACCUUGUGCCUGAAAUCGCAGCACAGUAUGCCUACGCCAAACCAGUGGCAGAGAUAACCUUUCAAGCUCUUCCUGCACCACCUCGCAACGGCACAUCUCCUAAUAGCUUAGGCUUCAGGCCAGACGAGACGCCAGAGAAGGAUCUUGUGUUCUUGCAGAUAAUCUUCACUUUUGAAGAUGCUCUCGCUACUGAUGGAUUCGAAGAGGCUUUGAAGGAUUUGGUGAAGCUGGUCGAGGGGCUAACGAAGGAAGAGGGUGUUUUCCAUCGGUACAAGUAUCUCAACUUUGCGGCAUCGUUUCAGGACCCGUUGGCAAGCUACGGCGAGGUUGCGUUGGGAAGGAUGAAGAAAGUGGCAAGGAAGUAUGAUCCGACGGGUGUGUUUCAGACACAGGUGCCCGGAGGGUUCAAGUUGUUCUAA